UCCUUCAUCAUGCUACAACACGCCCAAAUGUCUCAUGCCUUUCAGUCGACGGCCACUGGCGUAAGCGUUUUAGAGGAUUUCUCAAGAGCAUGCCAUGUUAACAUCGUUCAGGGCCGGACAUAUCAAAUCUCAAAACUGCCAGAGCUUGACUACGCUAUCGAUGUGAAAAUCUUUCGCGAUAUUCUGGAGUUGGACGACGAAGACGAACAAUACUUCACUCGCUCAUUAGUGUGUGAUUUCUUUGCACUUGCCCAAAGGACCUUUGCGGAGAUGGAUGCAUGCCUGUCAAGCCAAGAUGUCAAGCAACUUUGGAGCAAAGCCCAAUUUCUCAGAGGCCCAAGUGCGACAUUGGGCAUCUACAAAGUCCAGUCCACUUGCGCGCGGAUUNNGGAGCAAAUGACAGCGGUUGCCGACACAUUUCAAGCCGAGGGAGAAUCGAAAACAACGCUAUGCAACUCGUCAAGGAUCUUAUUGGAACAAGCCAAGCAACAGUUCGCCGAGGCAGAAGUUGCCCUACGGCGUUUCUAUGGGAUGGAUUGA